AUGUCGAUCCAGCACGGGAUCGAGAUUUACCCGAGACGACUCGCUGAAACGGCACGCAACAUGAAGUUGGCUGUAGUUCAUCAGUCAAUAUUCGUCUUGCAUGCUGUUAUUGAAUUGAAGCAAUUGGCGCAUUCCAGGCAAACCACGCUGCAGUACAAGAUCGCUUCCACUGGUAUUCGCAAGUGGUUGAGCUAG